AUGUCCAGUAGCACGUCGCCUGCUGCAAGACGCCUGCAACGAGAGCUGCAGCUUGUCCAUCGCGAGCCCAGCUGGGGCGUUUCUGCCGAACCCUUGGAGGAUGACCUCUUCACCUGGCACUGCAACGUCAAGGGGCAGCCGCCUGGGGGCGGAUCGCCAGUGAUUCUUCACCUCGAGCUGACUUUCACCCAGGAUUAUCCGAUGCGACCUCCCCGUGUACACGUGCUGGGCAGCACAGUGCAGCAUCCGAACGUGUUCUCCACGUUCAUCUGCCUGGAUAUGCUGGAAGGAGGCGAGUGGGCUGCAGAUGAAGAGAAGUGCAAGCCAUACAUGGGCUGGAGCAGUGCCUACAGUGUGCUGGCCAUUCUUCGUCAGUUGCAGACCUUCUUCUUCGAAGGCGACGGCUCGGAAUGGUGGAAGUGUCCCAGGUGCACUCUUCACAACCAGAAGAAGAACCGGCGUUGCGAGCUUUGUGAUCACCCACGCGGGCAGGCCAUUGAAAUCAUGGUCGACCACCAUGACGGCUUCACAUGUCGAUGUGGACAUCAACCCGCUGGUCCUCACCACCCGGCCUUUCCGGAGGCCAUCGACUGUGACGAUGCGCCGCCGAAACGGCUACUGGUACCUGGCGCAUCCCUUGCAGAGACGGGUUUGGCACUGCAACGUCGUAAAGACGCGAUCCAGAGAAUGGCCUACAUGUCGAGCUGGCCUGCAGCCGUGGUGCUUGAAAUCAUGGCCUGCCUACGCCGCCACGAUCGACUCUCGCUUUCCUAUGCGGUGCCUGCUUGGCAGGAAGCAGCCCAGGCUCCGCUCUUCUGGGAGGCACAAGAGGUGCAGUGCUUCCAUGAGAAGAUAGGCCCCGACGAGGACGUGAUAGGGAUCGGCGUUUGUGCCCAAGGUCGCGGGCGACUCGCCAAGCUCACAGCUUUCUUCGACGCGGUGUCUCAAACUGCAUGGGAAGGAGGCCUGCGUCGAGCAGCGUGGAAGGAGCCCCUCACGCACUGGCUGCCUUUGUUCGUGCACGCGCAGCAUGCGCUGUCGGCUGCUCCCCUCUUGGCGGACUGCCUCCAUCAGCUUGCUGAUGCUUGUCCACAGGGAGAUGAUUCCCAUCUCCCGCCGCCGGUCUUCAGACUCCUUCGGGCAAAGGAGGCCCCAAAGCCCGCCGUGGAUGCCAUCGUGGCCCUGCCGGAGAUCAUGCAUCAGCUUCUGAAGCAGGUCCUCUAUGGCGAUCGCCAUGCUUCCCUGAAGCUCUUGAAAGGCUACUUCGUGAUGCACCGCCUUUUCCUGCACUGCUGCGACCGAUGGCCAGUGGUGCGAGAAGCUGCAGACUUGGCGUUGGAGGAGUUCAUCGGCUCGGACAAAGGCUGUACGAAGCAGGCAACCCCGUGGCUUGCCUACAUCCUACAGCUGCUGACCAUCUCGAACAUCGGCUGGGAUCGCGUGAAGGACACCUUUCUGAAGGAAGCCCUGGCAAGAGAGGUGCAGUUCAUCCUUCCGAAGUACCCGAGCUAUCGCCCCACUCUCCCGGGGCAAGAAGCUUCAACAGUGGAGACCCCCGCGAGCGAAUGGAGCGCAGCAGAUGGAGUUCCGGGAAGCGAUCGGGAAGCUCCGACGAAAGCCGCGACGGAGCUGGCUCCGAGCACCUGGCGUGGUGCCAACCGUGGCUGGACCUGCUUGUCAGGUGGGCUCCGUACCGAAGGUGUCCAUGCCUUCUCCGUCCGUGUGCGCCGCAUGCCUCCCGGAAGUGCAGUCCGGAUUGGCUGGGUGGGCGAGGAGGGGGAUGAGCUCGUGGGGGCCACAAGUCGCGGCUGGGGCUACCAUGCCUCCGCAUCUUGCUUCGGUCGCUACGGCUGGAAGGCACACAACGGUCGAUGGGCACGCUACGGCACUGCUUUCGGCGAGGGCGACACCAUCACCGCCGUUCUGGAGUCCGGUGGCGUGAGGUUCCUGAAGAAUGAGGUUGACCUGGGAGUGGCCUUCAACGUUGGCAGCUGUCAGCUUCCUGGUGGCUUCCGCCCGGCCCUCGCCUUGCGCCGUGAUGCCGAGGUUGAGAUCACUGCAAUGGAAGACUUUGGUCCGAAGGUGGAGCUGUUCCUGACCCCGGAGCGUCAGCGAGAUGUCGCGUGGGACGCGAACAGGCGUGGGAACACCCUCAUCAUGUUCCAAGUCUACUUCCUUUCCCUGGUCCGACCAGCAGAAGAUCCGCCCGACUGGUCAAAGCUCAAAGCAGAGUACGAUCGCCGCUAUGGUUUUCCAUCCCCGGAGAUGUCAUCGGCCUUGUUCGAGCAGUUCAGCGAAGUCCAUGACAUCCGCAGCAUGUCCGGACAUGCGGCGUGGAGGAAGUUCUUGGACAUGAUCGGGUUUCCCGAGCUGGACAUCGAAGAGGCCUUGCAGACCUUGCUCAGCAAGGCCUACGAUCGCGCGAAGGCUUUGGGCUACAAGCAAGGUCAUAAGUGGCUCUGGCGGUUCCUGCGGAGGCGAGAUUGGCGCCGCUUCGAAGUCUGCCUCGAACGGCUGCGAGAGCGAGACAUUCAAUUCGACGAAGUCACUUACAACUUCGCGAUGUAUGGCUUGAUCCUCCACCCGAAGAAAGACGAUGAGCUGGCACACCAGGUUUUCGACGAGAUGAAGGACGACGGCCGUUUCCACCCGACUCUGCUCAGGAUGCAGCAAGGCACGGGGGGGCCUGAACAAUUCUGUUCAUAUCGUCGGUCUCCAUUUUUGAGACUGCUGUGA